CACACACACACACACACACACAAACACAAGAACAUCUCUGAAUCUCCUCCUACUCCCUCCCUUGUUCUUGGAGGCCUCAUCCUCUUCCUGGUCCUCACAGGUGAGUGCCUGCGCCUGCUGUCACCAUGACAACCAUUCAGCACGAGCAGAUGCUGCAGGAGCACGUGUCCAUGGAGUUCAGCUCCAGCUCCACCACCCACGUGCAGACCUUCUCCCAGACAACCAAGAUCAGGGGAGAGGAAGUCGUGACGAGGAAGUCCUCAAGCAGCGUGGAGUUAUUCAGCUUGGUGACCCGAAACUCCAACAUCCCCGCUGGCGAGAGCGUCCCUGAGUUCGUGGAGAAGCCUCACCCGAUCGCCGCGCCCGAGAGGGACAAAGCCGAGUUCCGAGCCCAGGUGAAGGGGAACCCCAAAUCUCACAUCUCCUGGAAGAGGCAGAGCGGCAUCCGCAUCAAGGAGUCCGCCAAGAUUUUCUACGACAGCAUCAACGAGGAGCACGUACUGAAGCUGGAGCCACUGACCUCCGAUGACUCUGAUAACUACAAGUGCAUUGCAAGCAACGAUCAUGCAGAUGCCAUCUAUACUGUGUCCUUGCUGGUGACAGAGGGUCAAGAUAAAAUGGAUUUCAAAAAGAUGCUGAAGAAGAGCGGCCCCCCUCCUCCUAAGAAGAAGCAGAAGAAGGUGAUAGAUGAGAAAGAGAUGCUGGAGAUUUUGUCUAAGGUGCCCAAAAAAGAUUUUGAGAGAGUCUGCAUGGAGUAUGGUUUUACUGACUUCUGGGGGCUGCUCAAGAAGCUCAAAGAGAUGAAGAAAGUGGAAGAGAAGGCCAUCCGGAUUUUAAAGUCGGAAGACAUAAAGACCAAGAUUGACACUACAGUGACCUCUGACUGUAUCAUGGAGCUGAAGGACCCCAAUGUCAAGAUGGUGUGGAUCAAGGGUACUGAGCCACUGAGGAUCCAGUACUCCCUGGGCAGGAAUUAUGUGAAGCAGACAGGAAGCAAGUACAUGCUGGUCAUUACCAACGUGAACAUGAAUGACGCAGGCAUCUACACCUUGUCCGUGGGUAACAAGCGGAUCAGUGCAGAGCUCACAGUGCUGGAUAAGCCGCUGAAGUUCUUUGGAAAGAUGAAGCCUCUGAAGGUGACAGAGCGCCAGACAGCUGUGUUCGAGAUCCGUCUCUCCAAGAAAGUGCCCGACUUUGUGUGGAAGUUCAAUGGGAAGGAACUAAAGAGGGACGAAAAAUAUGAAAUCACGGUGUCUGAGGAUGGUCUGACCCACACACUUAAGAUCAAGGAUGCCAGACUCAGCAACAAGGGCGAGUUCUCUGCUGAGGCAGGGAGCCCGGUACAGAAGGCCCAGCUCACCAUUGACCGCAUCCCCAUCAAGUUUGUGAGCACCCUCAAGAAUGUGCAUGUGAAAGAGAGGAGUUGUGCAUGCCUUGAGUGUGAGCUGACAUCCAAGGAUGUGAGACUGCACUGGAAGAAGGAUGGACAGCUACUGUAUCAUGGCACCAAGUACAGCAUGAACCAUGAGGGGAAGCAAGCAGAGCUGGUCAUUGAGGAUGCACAGCUCAGCGACUGUGGCGAGUACACCAUAGUGGCCAUGCAGGAUGGGGACUCCACUGAAUAUUGCAGUACUGCCACGGUCACUGUGGAGGCAUCGGCCACAGUGCAGAGCGGGAUGUCAGAUGUGCACGCAGCCACUGGGAGCCUGGCUGAGCUGUGCAUUGUGCCGAAUCAUGACGAGAAGGUGGAGGGCGUGUGGCUGAAGGAUGGCAAGGAGAUCACGGACUUGCCCGGUGUGCAGAUCGUGAAGCAGGGGGCAGUGCACAAGCUCAUCUUCCCCGGUAUGGGCCCCGAGCAGGAGGGCAAAUACACGUUCCAGGCGAAGGGCGCAGAGAGCGAAGCCUCAGCGUUCAUCGCAGAUCCCCCUACCAUCGACCCGUCUUAGCUGGAGGCACUGGCUGCUCACCCAGUGACCGUGAAGGUGGGUCACAUGGCAAACAUCAAGGUGCCCUUCCAGGGAAAGCCUCUACCCAAAGUGACCUGGUAUAAGGACGGCAUGGAGGUGACAGAAGAGGAGCGUGUGUCCAUGGAGCGCGGGGAAGACCUGGCACUGCUCACCAUCUCAAAAUGCGCCCGUGAGGACAGUGGACUCGUCCUGCUCAAGCUCAAGAAUGACUACGGCUCAGUAACAGCCACCCUGCACCUCAGUGUGCUGGACCAUCCCAAGCCUCCACAAGGCCGGGUGGAGUUCCUGGAGCUCUCAGGUAACUGUGUGCACAUGAAGUGGAAAGCCCCGAAGGACAACGGCGGACGGCCUGUGACACAAUUCAUAGUGGAACGGAGGGCGGUCGGCAAGAAGUCCUGGGUUAAGAUAGGCGAGGUGAACGGCAAACUCACUAACCUCUCCACCAACAAGGUAGAAGAGGGAAAGGCAUACCAGUUCCGUAUCCUAGCAGUCAAUUCGGAAGGUGUGAGCGACCCACUGGAGACCAACAAAGUGUUUGCAGGAAAUCCCAUCAAGCCCCCCGGUCUUGCCUCCCAGCCUCAAGUAUCCGAUGUGACCAAAGAGGCUGUGACCAUCACAUGGAAUGCCCCCACCCAGGAUGGGGGAGCCCCAGUGCUCAGCUACAUUGUGGAGCGGAGAAAGAAAGGCAGUAACCUGUGGGUGCCAGUCAACAAGGACCCCAUCCAGGGCACCAAAUGCAUGGUAGAUGGGCUCCUGGAGGACACAGAAUAUGAAUUCCGAGUUAUAGCUGUGAAUAAGGCAGGUCCCGGGCAGCCCAGCAUGCCGUCCACCUCAGUGGUGGCCAAAGACCCCAUCAAACCCCCAGGUCUGGUGCAGGGCCUGCACGUGUCUGAUUCCUCCAACUCCAGCAUCUCCCUGGCCUGGCAGGAGCCUGUAGAGGGAGACCCACCCUCUGGCUACAUCCUUGAGAUGCGGGCUGAAGACACCAAGGAGUGGUCCAAGUGCACAAAGAUCCCCAUCUCAGGCUUCUGCUACAUAUUGGGAGGCCUCACUGAGAGGCAGAAAUACUUCUUCCGAAUCCAGGCUGUGAAUGAGGCUGGGGUUGGGGAGCCUGUGGAGCUGGAUGAAGGGGUCCGUGCAAUGCCACCACCAGCUGCCCCCAAGUUUGACCUCAGUGCCCGGCUGAAGAGUCACAUGGUGGUUCGAGCUGGGACAGCCCUCUGCAUCCAUGCAGCUUUCUCGGGCUCGCCACCACCCAAUGUGAUCUGGCAGAAAGGUGGCAUCCCCACCAAGGGCCAGGAAACCAUUACGUAGGGCAAAAACCACUCUCAGUUCCUCAUCAACAGCACCAAGCGCUCUGACUCAGGGGUGUACCGCAUCCUGCUCCAGAAUGAGUUUGGAGAGGCACACUACGACAUUCACGUGCAUGUGGCAGAUUUCCCCCGACCACCAACAAACCUGAAGCUGUUUGAGGAGGUCCCCAACACGGUGACUCUGACCUGGAACCACAGCCCCGACUUUCAAGAGGACAGUGAGGCCCACUAUAUUAUCAUGAAGCGGGACGCCAGCACCCCCACCUGGUUCACCGCUGCGGAGCAAGUCUUCAGCAAUAAGUACACAGUGACAGGGCUACUCCCGGGCAGGAAGUACUACUUCCAAGUAGUGACCCGGAAUGAAAUCAGUGACAGUGACCCUCUUGACUCCAAGGAUACUUGGCUUGUCAACAAGGACCACAUCGAAGACCUGAGAGAUAAAUUGAAGCCACACGAGAAGGACUGGAGACACGCGCCGCGCUUCCUGACCCUGCUCAAGCCUCACAGUGUGGUGCGCGACCAGGACUGCACCAUGACCUGCGCCUUUCUUGGGAACCCGCAGCCCAAGGUGACCCUCUACAAGGGCGACGUCAACAUCACGGCCAACUCCAAGUUCUGGUACAACUCCACGAGUGGCGUCUGCACUGUAGUCAUCCCCACCUGCACUGUCAAGGACAGUGGAGACUACAGCGUGCUGGUGGAGAAUGAGCUGGGCAAGGACCGCAGCACCUGCACGCUCACGGUCUAUGACAAAGAUGACAAGUCAAUUCUAGCAUCCAUUACUGAGAAUUUACAGAAGAAAUCAAAGCACCUUAUGCGAGCCCCAGCAUCAGGAGAAUGUUGUGAUGUCAGCUUCUGGGACUACCCUCUGCAUGGCCCCAGAAUGGAAAGCCCAGUUUACCCUCUGGUGCUUGUCAAUGUAAACAUCUAG